AUGGACAAACAAACCCGAAUUCUGAUCGUGGGUGCUGGUUCCUUCGGGACUUCAACCGCAUACCAUCUUUCGCAGCGCGGUUAUACUUCCAUUCGCGUGCUGGAUCCAUACGCACCUCCCUCCUGCGAAGCAGCCUCCACCGAUAUCAGCAAAAUCAUUCGCAGCGACUAUAAUGAGCCAUUGUACGCACGUAUGGGGAUUGAAUCCAUUGAUGCGUGGCGGUCUUGGCCGCUGUUUCGGGGGCUCUACCAUGUCCCCGGGUGGAUCCUGAGUGCCGCGAAUCUCUCCCGUCCCUUUGUCGAGGGCUCGAUUGAGACAUGCAAACGACUUGGAGUAAAGGGUCUUGAGAAGCUCACCCCAGACGAGAUUCGUCGUCGCUUUUCUGUUGUCACGGGGAAGUUGGAUGGAUGGAACAUUAAUGUAUGGAAUCCCACGGCUGGAUGGGCAGCUGCUGGUACAGCUAUCGAGCGAAUGGCCCAUGCCGCUCAGCAAAAUGGGGUGAGAUAUAUCUCCGGGGAGACACGGGGGCGGGUACAAGAGUUGAUUAUGGACGAUCUCACGGGCGAAUGUAAAGGAGUCAUCACGGCAGAUGGCACAAGACACGAGGCCGAUAUGGUCAUUUUGGCUGCAGGAGCAUGGACUCCUUCAUUGUUAGAUGUGAAGGGCCAAUUGACUGCGAAGGGUCACAGUGUCGCUCACAUCCAGCUCACGCCUUCCGAGACCCAACACUACGCUACUAUGCCCAUCAUGGACAACCUUGAGCUCGGAUAUUUCUUCCCUCCCCAAGAAGAUGGAAUUUUCAAGAUGGCUCAUAGUCAAUUCAUCACCAACAUCCAAACCACAAAGUCCGGUAUCACCACUUCAGUCCCACACACCUUCGUCCAGGCACCUGGAGACGGUCUCCCUCUCGAGGUUGAGGCUCAGAUGCGCCGGAACUUGCGGCGCGUGCUGCCCGAGCUUGCAGAUCGACCCUUUUGCUACACUCGACUUUGCUGGGAUGCUGAUACAGCCGAUCGUCAUUUCCUUGUCUCACCUCAUCCCGAGUACAAACGUCUGUUCCUCGCAACUGGCGGCUCGGCACAUGGGUUCAAGUUCCUUCCGGUCGUCGGAAAAUAUGUCGCAGAUUUGCUUGAGGGGACUCUGGACCCGGAAAUUGUCCGUCAGUGGCAAUGGCGAGCUGGACAAAAGAGUACUGCUACAAAUUUGGCUCACUUGGAUCCGGAAAUGGAAUUGAGUGACCUUACAGGAUGGAAAGGCAGACAGGUACGUGAAAGAAGCCAUGCCUCCCGACUAUGA